CUGCACAGACAAUAUUCCCAAGUAACUUUCUGAAAAAAGAAACUCAAAUCGCUUAUCAUAAGCUUACAUGGCAACCCUGACUACCACAUUUGCUUCCAGCCUAGGACCACUUUGUCAUACAUCGCCGAUUGGACCAGGAAAACCACCUGGCUUCUCAUUGGUUGAUCGUCUUUAAGCGGGUAUCACGUCACUACACGAACGAACAUGGACGAUGUCUCUGAGCCACUGUGGGGCAGAAACACAUGUUUCACAGACCGUUACGCUACGAAACAAAACGACCGUGUAUAUUAAAACGUUCACGCAAUUUAAUGAAAAUGAACAGUAGGGACAUGACUCGUGUGCUCAGAAUUCUCCACUCUCUGUAUCCGCACGUACAGACUCUGGAAGAGUUUGCGAACACAGUCGUUUUCAGAGAGGGACAUACAGCGGUUCUCAUCGAACCGAGCGAUACCAACCGCUUCAUUUCCUUCGUCCGAGGAGUGUUCAUAUGCAGGGAUAAAGUACUACAAGCGGUCCCCAGCUGCAAUCAAAUCUCCACCCUGCCAGAGCUGUUGGCGUUCGUGUUGAACAACAUGAAGAGGAGGAAGAAGAAGAACGUCCUUGCGCAUGGUUACGGUUACCCCCCUGUGUUAGAAGAGCGUGACGCUGACCAGUUUAAGUUCCAUGGCGAGGUCACGCAGAGCGCUGCUUACAUCCAGGCUAGUGACCUGUGGAAGCGGAUCUGCCAGCGCCUCGGCACCGACGUCACCAAGUACCUCCUGGAGAGCUGCUCUGUGUUCGUCGCAGUGCCGCCUUCUUCUGCAUUCCAGGUGUGCGGCGUGCCGUUGCACGACCGCGUUUCAAUAUCAGCCGGAGUCUCCGGGUUCCAUCUUGGACGUAGACGGAAGGCCGCUCCGCGAGCUAGAGGGAGCAGGCCAGAGAAAUCUUGUCCAUGUUCCAGUAUGAGGAGGAGAAAGGAGGACGGUAGAGAUAUCAGGAACAUGAAGGAUGUAGAGAAAGAGGUGAGAAACAAAGGGGAGGAAAGUUUGAGUGGGAAGAGAAAAAGAGUGGAGGAUGGAGAGGUUCUUUUGCCUAAGAAGAGGAGAUGCACUCAGAGGGAUGUAGUGACGACUGACAAUGAUGAGCAGAUGUCAGAAGAUUCAGGACUUCAAAGGCAAGCAGAGCCACUGGCUCAACUCAAACAACCAGCAGAAGAAAUAACUGGACCUGUAAGAUUGGUCAAUUCAGAGGGGAGUCCCAGCUGGAGAUCAGGGUCCUUCCCGCCCCUCCCCCACUCUCAGUGUUUCAUCCGCAUCUUGGGCAUGCUCUACGGGGGGCGUGGCAUGCGCAGCUUUCUGCUGAACAGGAAGAAGAAGGGCGGGGCCGAGGGGCCCAGGCGCCUGCAGGGGUGGGACUUAGUGAGACUGGUGUUCUUUGAAGGCUUAGCAUACCUGAACGGGACAGAGAGGAAGCCGAAGAAACUGCCCAGAAGGUUUUUCAGUGUGGUGCCAUUGUUUACUCAGUUGUUACGUGGGCAUAGGAGCUGUCCCUAUUCUAAGAUAAUGCAACGGUUUUGUCCUGGGCUGGGAGAUGGAGAGGAGGGGGGAGGCAUGGCCGAGCUGUUGCCUCAGCACAGUUCUCCUCACCGGGUGUACCUGUUCGUCAGGGAGUGCCUCAUGUUAGUGGUUCCUCCAAAGCUGUGGGGGUCGGACCACAACCGACUCACCUUCCUGUCCAGAGUCAGGAACUUCCUGUCCAUGGGUAAGUUUGAGAAGGUCUCAUUGGCUGAGCUGAUGUGGAAGAUAAAGGUGAACGACUGUGAUUGGCUGAAGAUCAGCAAGAAAGGUCGCUGCCCGCCUGGUGAGCUGUCGUAUCGGACCCGUCUGCUGGGUCAGCUGCUGGCUUGGCUGCUGGAUGGCUAUGUACUAUUCCUGGUGAGGGCUAUGUUCUACGUCACAGAGAGCUUCGGCCAGAAGAACGCACUCCGCUUCUACCGAUACCAGGUCUGGGCCAAGCUACAGGAACUGGCUUUCAGGGGUCACAUCACUAAAGGUCAAAUGUCAGAAUUGACCCCAACCCAGGUGAUGUCGCUCCCCAAAACCACUGUCACUGCACGCCUCCGCUUCAUACCCAAGACGGACAGCAUGAGAGUCAUCACCCGAGUUACAGGAAUGGACCCCAAAACCAGGUCUUUCCAGGCACGUGUGAGGGACCUCCUGGAUGUUCUGCGUGUGUGUGUGCGUGCCUCUCCUUCUCUGCUGGGCUCUACAGUUUGGGGCAUGACGGACAUCCACAGGGUCCUCUCCUCCUUCGCCCCCAGACAGAAGCACAACCUUCAGCCACUGUACUUUGUCAAGGUGGAUGUGAGUGGGGCCUAUGACAGUCUGCCCCACCCUCAGCUCUUGGAGGUGAUUGGUCAGAUGCUGUCACAUGUCAAGGAAGAGGUCUUCUCCGUGCGACGCUACGCCAAGGUGUGGUUGGACUCCCAUGAGGGUAUCAAGAAGACCUUUGUCAGACAGGCAGACUUCAGGAAAGACACUGUGGCAUCUUCCAACAUGAAAGGUUUUCUGAUGUCACUGCAGAGAGAGGGGAAAGUUCACGAUGCCAUACUGGUAGAGCAGUAUUUCUCCACAGAUGUUCAUGGCCAAGACUCCAUGGAGUUCUUUACUCACAUGCUCACUAGUAGUGUCAUCUAUUUUGGGAAAAAAGUGUUCCGUCAGUGCCGGGGGAUCCCUCAAGGUUCCGUGGUGUCGUCUCUACUGUGUUGUCUCUGCUACGGCCACAUGGAAAAAACACUGUUCCCAGAAGUCACUCAAAGAGGAGGGUGUCUGAUGAGACUGGUGGAUGAUUUUCUCCUGAUCACUCCUGACCUAAGCCAAGCACAGACCUUCCUCAAGACUCUGAUGGCGGGGGUCCCCCAGUACGGGUGUGUGGUGAACGCCCAGAAGGUGGCUGUUAAUUUCCCGGUGAGGGAGGGGUUUUUCUGUCCAGCUGGGGUUCGCCUCCUGCCCUCCCACUGUCUGUUCCCUUGGUGUGGCCUGCUAGUGGACACACACACCCUUGAUGUCUACAGUGAUUACUCCAGCUAUGCAGGCCUAUCACUGCGCUACAGCCUGACGCCAGGCUCCUCCCACUGUGCUGGGCAGCAAAUGAGGAGGAAGCUCAUGUCCAUCCUAAGACUGAAGUGCCAUGCCCUUUUCCUGGACCUCAAAAACAACUCCAUGGAAGCUGUCUACAAGAACAUCUAUAAACUAGUGCUUCUGCACGCAUGCAGGUUCCAUGUCUGUUGUCAGAGUUUGCCCUUUGGUCAGACGGUGUCCAGGAACCCAGCUUACUUUCUCCACAUGAUCUGGGAUAUGUCAGAAUACACCAACAAGCUAGUCAGACUCUGCAACAAAGGGACGUCUCUAGGCUGUAAGGUCCUGUCAGGUAGUGUACAGUAUGAGGCAGUAGAACUCAUCUACUGUUUAUCCUUCCUGCUGGUUCUGUCUCGUCAUCGCCCCGUGUACAAGGACCUGCUCUCUCCACUAAACACACGAAAGCGUCAUCUGGAGAGGAAGCUUGGGAUCCUGAGAGUAGCGCGUGUGAGACAGGCUGCCCUGCCCAAAACUCCGGAGGACUUCAAGGCCAUGCGAGCCUAGAGGAGGAUCUUCGCACCUGCUCUCUGCGUUUCCUCAAAUGUAUCUGUCAUCUAAUUGAAUAUGGCUGUGUUGAUCACUGUGGUGGAAAAAAUCCAAGUUUAAUAUUUAAUGUAUUGAAAUGUGUUGCCUUAAACACACCCAGAUCGAACAAGUCCAGGGCCAGGAAGAAGAGGGAGGAUUACCCUAUAAAAUUUAUGUUGAACCACAGAGCCAUAAGGACUGGUCAUAACUGGCUGUCUAACAAAGUAAAUAAUUGAGAGAAUGUAAGAGCAACAACAGUGUCCUCCCAUCCCUGUUCUGUGGAAUUCGGCUGCUCGUUCUUUGUGAUCAGUAGCAAAUUGAAUUGUUCAGUAAAGUAUGUAUUUUGUUGGCGUCUGACGAGUGUCGACAAGGCUUUGGCAAGUGGAAGACAGAUCUGACUGUUGUGUUGCCUUGGUGUGCAUCUGUAUGGGGGUGCAGUGUUUUUAAAAAAAAAAAUAUUAAGAAAAUUUAAAUGUUUUGUGUGUCAGUGGCUUCAUGUGAUACAAAGGUUACUCACCUUUUCCAGGAGAGUAGUCAUUGCUUUUAUUUUAACUGAGAAGCUUGAACACAGACGAUAGACCACCUAAAGUUACCAAAUGUUACAAAUGAAAUGUCAACCAGAGCUGGAGUACUGGUUGUGCCAUUGGUGCAUGAUUAUGUGGUCAUGUUAUGCUGAGAGUUUGAUGUCACAAAAUGUAAUUUAAUCAAAUGUAGUUUCUGUGUAAUUCCCUACACGGGUAAUCAUGCCUGUGCUUUUCAUCUCUGAAACACUUCUGGUUUUCAUCUCAUUUAAUCAGAGUGUCACUGGCUAGCACAUAACAAAUACUGGAAGUGUUUGGCCUUCCUGGGGCCUGUACUAUGAAGCAAGUUCAACAUGCUCAGAAUUAAUUUUCGUUAGCUGGCUUCACUAAUGUCUCAUUCACAUUAGAUUCACGCACGGAUGUAAUUCAUUCUAAUGAAGUCCGUCACACCGGAGUGGAAUCGGAAAGGACCCCUAGCGGCUGCAGUCUCCGUCGAGAAAUGGACACGUCAUACUAUGCAAUAUUUCAAACUUUGCGUCGUCUUCGCUGCAGCAGAAUUUGUUCCCAUAACCGGAAGUUACCAAAAUCUAAAAUAAAAAAUCGAAAUAAGUGGUAGGACGUAUCAACCAUCCCUACAAACU